AUGCUCGCACAAAUCAACAUGUACCUCUUUGCGGUGUGGACAGCGGUGUCACAAUGGCCUAUCAACUUGCUGAGCUCGACAAGCCCCUUCCGGGAAAUCUUCACGGUUCCAGCUUCAGCAGAUAAUGGUGCCCUCUUGAUCCCAAAUAUUCAAGAUCCGCAAGCGGUUGAUGUGCAGACGGUUUGCCCGGGGUACACGGCAUCGAAUGUGCAGACGAACGAUUACGGACUGUCUGCUUCCCUGACUUUAGCGGGAAAGGCCUGCGACGUCUACGGCACGGAUGUGGAGAGCCUCUCUCUGAAUGUGGAAUAUCAGUCUGCGGAACGACUGUCUAUCAAUAUCAGUCCGUCUAACGUGGACGCGUCCAAUUCAUCCCACUACAUUCUGUCGGAGCAGCUGGUCCCUCGUCCUUCGAGAGAUUCAGACUACAAGUCGGACAUCAAGGACCAUGACCUGCAAUUCUCAUGGAGCAACGAUCCCACGUUCUUAUUCACUGUGACGCGGAAGUCUACCGGAGACGUGCUUUACAGCUCCAAAGGUAGUGUGCUGGUUUACGAGGACCAAUUUGUCGAAUUUGUGUCUUCUCUUCCGGAGAACUACAACCUGUACGGUCUUGGGGAGCACAUUCACGGGUUGAGACUGGGCAACAACUAUACGGCUACGAUAUAUGCCGCAGAUACUGGCGAUCCAAUUGACUACAACAUCUACGGCAGUCAACCGUUCUACCUAGAUACCCGGUAUUUCGAAGUUGACUCGGAUGGCAAGAAGACUCUAGUCACGAGUACCGCGACCGAUCCAUGCAAGAAAUAUGAAUCUUAUUCCCAUGGUACAUACCUUCGAAAUGCCCAUGGUCAAGAAGUCCUCUUGAGACCGGAGAACAUCACCUGGAGGACCCUCGGUGGAAGUAUCGACUUGUUCUUCUUCGAUGGACCAAGUCAACCAGAGGUCACCAAGGCUUACCAGACCGGGGCUAUUGGCUUGCCAGCCAUGCAGCAGUACUUCACCUUCGGGUAUCACCAGUGCCGAUGGGGUUAUAAGAAUUGGACACAGCUCAAUGAGGUGGUGGAGACAUUCAAGAAGUUCGACAUUCCGCUGGAGACUAUCUGGACCGAUAUCGACUACAUGAGCCAGUACAGAGAUUUCUCGAACGAUGAGAACACGUUCUCGGUUUCUGAGGGGCAGAAGUUCCUGUCUCAGCUGCAUGCGAAUGGACAGCAUUAUGUGCCGAUCGUCGACUCUGCGAUCUACAUCCCGAAUCCUAGUAACGCUAGCGACGCGUAUGGCGUGUAUACGAGAGGCAAUGAUUCGAACGUCUUCCUAUCGAACCCUGACGGGAGCCAGUACAUUGGUGCUGUCUGGCCCGGGUAUACGGUCUUCCCAGAUUGGCAUUCGGAUGAAUCAGUGCCAUGGUGGUCCAACGAGAUGGUGCAAUGGUACAAGGACAUCCAGUUCGAUGGCAUCUGGAUCGACAUGUCUGAGGUCUCCUCUUUCUGCGUCGGCAGCUGCGGUUCUGGAAACGUCACUCUGAAUCCCGUGCAUCCGCCCUUCUCUUUGCCUGGCGAACCCGGAAACAUCGUUUACGAUUACCCAGAAGGCUUCAAUAUCACGAACUCCACAGAGGCAGCGUCAGUCUCAGCAGCUUCUUCGAGCGCCGCAUCUGCUACUGCUACUGCUACGGCAAUCUUGACCAGCUCUUCGACUACUCCCGAUUAUCUCCGCACGACGCCAACUCCGGGUGUCAGGAACGUCAAUCAUCCUCCAUACGUUAUCAACAACGUGCAAGGUGAUUUGGCUGUGCACGCAGUUUCUCCAAAUGCCACCCACCAUGACGGAGUAGAGGAAUACGACGUCCACAACCUCUUUGGCCACCAAAUCCUAAACGCAACCUACCAAGGGCUCCUCGCCGUCUUCCCCACCAAGCGCCCCUUCAUAAUCGGCCGCUCCACCUUCGCCGGCUCCGGCAAAUGGGCUGGCCACUGGGGCGGCGACAACGCCUCGAAAUGGUUCUACAUGUACUUCUCGAUCCCGCAGGCGCUGUCCUUCUCCCUCUUCGGCAUCCCCAUGUUCGGCGUCGACACGUGCGGCUUCAACGGCAACUCGGACGCGGAGCUCUGCAGCCGCUGGAUGCAGCUGUCCGCCUUCUUCCCCUUCUACCGCAACCACAACGUCCUCAGCGCCAUCUCCCAAGAACCGUAUGUGUGGGCGUCGGUCACCGCGGCCACGAAGACGGCUAUGCAGAUCAGGUACUCGCUACUGCCGUAUCUCUACACGCUCUUCCACGCCGCGCACACGCGCGGCGACACCGUGAUGCGCGCGCUUGCGUGGGAGUUCCCCAACGACCCGUCCCUCGCGAACGCGGACCGCCAGUUUCUCCUUGGGCCGUCGCUCAUGGUCGUGCCGGUGCUAGAGCAGGGCGCGGCGAGCGUCAACGGCGUCUUCCCCGGUGUUCCGACGACGGUGUGGUACGACUGGUACGGCCAGACCGCUGUCUCGGCGAAGGCGGGCGAGAACGUGACGAUCGAGGCGCCGCUCGGCCAUAUCCCGGUCUAUAUCCGCGGCGGCGCGGUCUUGCCGACGCAAGCGCCGGGGUAUACGACGACGGAGAGCAGGAAGAAUCCCUGGGGGCUUGUUGUCGCGCUUGAUGCGCAGGGGAGCGCGGAGGGGAGCUUGUAUCUUGAUGAUGGGGAGAGUAUUACUCCAGAAUCGACGCUGGAUGUCGAGUUCAGGGCCGCAAAGGGGAGUUUGAAGGUGCAGAUGGAGGGGAAGUUUGAGGAUACGAAUGCGUUGGCGAAUGUGACGGUUUUGGGGGUUGAGGGGUGCAGUGGGAGUGUUAAGCUGAAUGGACAGGCGGUGACAGGAGCGAAGUAUGAUGGGGAGAGUAAGGUGCUGAGCGUUACUGGGUUGGAAGAUUUGACGAAAGGGGGGGCGUGGAAGGGGGGGUGGGAGCUGAGUUGGUCGUAG